AUGCCUGAACCAAACCGAUUAGAGACUAAUUACAGGAUAGUUGUGUUAAAAGGUAGUUUGACCAAUCAGGACACGUUUGGGAAGUCUGAUCCAUUCCUGGAGAUUUCUAAAAAAGGAGACGACGGAAAGUGGCAGCUGGUCCACAGAACAGAGGUGGUGAAGAACAAUCUAAAUCCCACCUGGAAGAAGUUCUGCAUUCCUCUGCAAACGUUCUGCUGCAGCGACCUCGAAAGACCGCUGAAGGUGGAUUGCUCCGAUCACGACAGCGAUGGAUCUCACGAUCUGAUCGGUUCUUUCACCACCAAAGUCUCGGAGCUGCAGAAAGCUGCGCAGGGUUCACCGGUGGCCUUUGACUGCAUCAACCCGGAGAAACAGAAGAAGAAGAAGAGCUACAAGAACUCUGGAGUCGUCUCUGUGAAGAACUGCAAGCUGGUAACUCAGUACACCUUCCUGGACUACGUGAUGGGCGGCUGCCAGAUCAAUUUCACCGUGGGAAUCGACUUCACCGGCUCUAAUGGGGAUCCUCGCUCGCCCAACUCUCUCCACUACAUGAGUCCGGACGGGCUGAACCAGUACCUGUCGGCUCUGUGGUCUGUGGGUCAGGUGGUCCAGGACUACGACACUGAUAAACUCUUCCCUGCAUUUGGUUUUGGAGCCAAACUUCCUCCAGACUAUCAGGCGGCACAUCACGAGUUUGCGCUCAACUUCAACCCCACUAGCCCGUACUGCCAAGGUGUCGAGGGGAUCGUUGAUGCCUACAGGAAGGUUUUACCUCAGCUCAGACUGUCUGGACCCACAAACUUUUCUCCCAUCAUCAACCACGUCGCCUCCAUCGCCACCGGCGCUGCACAGGUCGACAGUGCCUCUCAAUACUUUGUCCUCCUCAUCCUCACUGACGGUGAGAUCACCGACCUUGACCAGACCCGGGACGCCAUCGUACGGGCGUCACGGCUGCCGCUGUCAAUCAUCAUUGUGGGGGUGGGGCCAGCUGACUUUAAGGCCAUGGAGCUCCUGGAUGGAGACGACGGUGUUCUGAGGUCAACGGUGGGGGAGGCAGUCGCCAGGGACAUCGUUCAGUUUGUCCCGUACAGACAGUACAAAGACGCUCCCAAGGAGGCUCUGGCUCAGUCAGUCCUUGCUGAGGUCCCCAACCAGCUUGUCUCUUACUUCAAGAUGAGAGGCUAUGAUCCACCCAAACCUAAAGCUGCAGACAAAUCUUAAACCCACCCCAACCUUUAUCUCCCUGUAAUCCCCACAUCGCCCAUAAAGCUGAACGCCACCCUGAUUUCAUUCCGGGCUCAGACCAACGCCAACCCUCCCCAACUCAUAAAGUCGAGCACUCUUAAGGGAUCAACCUGAAGUUUUUACUGGAGUCUUAGCCAAUCACAGGGCAGGAUACAGCUGUCAGCCAAUCAGGGUGCCAGGGAGAACACCCCAGUUUUCAGUUUUUUAAAUCAGUUUGAUAAUCAUAUUAUUCCUUCAGAUGAUAACAUAGUAUAGAUUAAAGAUUUAUUCCUUCUGCUGCUUCCACGCCAACUAUGCACGUGUCAAAAAGAUUUUGGAGCCACACACACACUCACACACACACACACACACACACACACACACACACACACACACACUCGGACAGCGUUUCACAGUGUCACCAGAUUUAAUGACUGUUGCCAUAUUAACAGUAGAAAGGCACUGAUCUGCUGAGAGCCGAACGUGUCAAAACCAUAACAGAAAACUUGACUUCAUGCAAUUAUUAAUUGUUAUUAAUAAUUACCAUUCGUUGCCAUGGGGACACUAUGCAGUGUGUGCGGCUCUUAUUACCUUUAUUAAUCAGGUGUCAAUACUUUGCACUUUGGGUCUUGAACUAAAUGCUUGAAACUAGCUUUACGAAUGAUAUUCACUUUAACAUAGCUUUACCACAGUAGCCUUAGUAUAGACUUUACUAUAGCCUUAUUAUAAACUAUAGCCUCAUAGACUUAAUUGUCUAUUUGCUGCUCAGCUGCUUCAGCAUGAACAUAUCUUGACUUCUAUGUCUAUUCUACUAUCGACCAGUAACCUGUGUUUCCUAAAAUAGGACUGACCCUCGUUUGACCAGAAAGGAGAAACUUUAGAUUUGAACAUUGCAGUUUGUGACAAAUUAAUUUUGAGAAUUAACUUAUCUAAGUCUUUCACUUGAGAAUAAGAACUAAAUGUUUUAGACCGUGUUUAUUGUGACAAUCAAAACAGAAAUUUGACAGCAAAAAAUAAAUCAGUAGAUGAAGUUGGGGGAGUGAGACGACGCACAAGAAGGAUUUGAAUAAUCCAAGAGGACCACUUUGUUGACCACAAAUAGCAGCAGAUUUAAUAGGCGGAAGUUUCUCUGUCAGGCUUCCAUGUUCCACUUUGUUUUUCUUUAUAGUUGCCAAACCUUGUUUUUAUGUCAGUUUUUUGGUCAAAGACAGAAAUGUGUUUUUAAUCAUGAAGAGAAUGCAUUUUACCAAUGUUACCAGGCUCACUAGAUGUUACUGAAACUAUCAGGGGAGGAUUAAAAUUACAGAACUAUCGACCACAAACUAGCUCCAUUGCUUAAAACUAACUGCUAUUAACCAACCAGUAUAAUUAACCAGCAUGAGUAGUGAUAUCAUGUCUGUACGACCUCUGACUGUGGGAGAGCAACAAUAAAACAACUUUGGUAUAAAAAAAA